UGUUUUUGGGAUGUGGGAGGAAAGCGGAGUGCCCGGAGAAAAGCCACCCAGGCACGGGGAGAACAUGCAAACUUCACACAGGCGGGGCCGGGGAUUGAACCCCGGUCCACAGAACCGUGAGGCAAACGCUCUAACCGGUCGGCCGCCGUGACAAUACAUAGUGUGAAAAAUAUUUGAGCAGUGUUUUUUUUCAAGCAAAACCACGUUUUCAUGUCUAAUGUAGCCUUUUUUUGGUGAGCAAAUGGUGUUUUAAUAGCGAAAUAUCACAUUUAAAAUGGCAAAGUCGCUUGUUUAAGCAAAAACCUGUGUUUGUGAACAAAUACCUCCUUCCCCAUUGAAAUGAAUGCAAAUGCCAUUAAUCUGUUCUAGGCUCCCCAAAAACCCAACAAAAAUGCUUGUCAUUUAUUUUAAUGUCAUGUUUUUUUAAUAGGAAAAAUGGCCCUCUAUAGUAUUGUUGUUGAUAAAAACAUCUAGUAAUAAAUAAAAUAAAAUAAAAUGUAGACAAUUGUGCAUCAUGAUUGAUUUACAGCGGCUCCUUCUGGUGUGUGCGACUUGGCCACCCGGAGGCACUAUAAAAUUGUCAGGCAGAGAAAAAUGAAGAAGAGUUCCACAACUUCUGUGACUCUGUGAGCUGCAGUAAUUUUAGUAGUUUUAUGCAGAAGAUUAAGAAUUCCGGUAUAUGCCUGUGAAUAUUGUUAUAUUGUCUGUCUACGUGUUACUACAUUGUUUGUGUUAAAUAUCCAUCCAGAUGACCUAUAUAUUUCACUAACAAGUUCCCUGUGUGUUUUUUAUGUUUAUGUUUUAUUUGUAUUACAUUUUUUCUUAAGACGAUGAAGCUGGCAAUCAUUUCCAAUCAUUGCCCUUGAAUAGCCACUUUUUCAUCGCCAAAAUUGAUGUGCCGCCAUGUGUUGAUGUGACAUCGUCGACAGAACCGGAGACCAAAUUCGCUGCAAAGGAAGGCUCAGAUGAGAGGCCGUCCAUGAUGUGGAGCUAACGCCACCGGCUGCUAAACCAGCAGGAAGAGACGUGGACGCGGCGACAUCCACAGCCCACGCAUGGCGGUAUUAGGGAACCCCGACAUGCUGACGAGGAAGAUCAAACUCUGUCAUAUUAACGCCCACAUCACGUGUCGACUGUGCGAAGGUUACCUGAUUGACGCCACCACCGUCACAGAGUGCUUGCACACGUUCUGUCGAAGCUGCCUUGUGAAGUAUCUGGAAGAGAACAACACGUGUCCCACAUGCAGGAUUGUUAUUCAUCAGAGCCAUCCACUGCAGUACAUCGGCCAUGACAGAACAAUGCAAGACAUUGUGUACAAGUUGGUACCCGGACUUCAAGAGGCGGAGAUAAAGAAGCAGCGGGACUUCUACCAGAAGUUGGGCAUGGACGUGCCCGGCGACAUUAAAGGGGACCUCUGCAACAUGAAGACUCAUCUGGACCAGCACAAUGGAGAAACCAAGUCCGAGGACACGACCAAUAAGGAAGCAGGAGAGGAGAAAGCAGAAGAGGACAACGACUAUCACCGUAGCGAUGAGCAGGUGAGCAUCUGCCUGGAGUGCAACAGCAGCAAACUGCGAGGCCUCAAGCGCAAGUGGAUCCGAUGCUCUGCGCAGGCCACCGUCCUCCACCUCAAGAAGUUCAUCGCCAAAAAGCUCAACCUGACCUCCUUUAACGAGUUGGACAUUUUAUGCAAUGAGGAAAUCCUGGGCAAGGACCACACUUUGAAAUUUGUUGUCGUGACGAGAUGGAGAUUUAAGAAAUCGCCCCUCCUGCUCCAUUACAGACCCAAGAUGGAUCUGCUGUAGCUCAAACGGACACACCAUUUCUUGUUUUAUUUUUGUUUUUCUUUAGAAUUUUGUAUUUUCUCGUCGUCGAUCCUGUCCCGCGGGGUGUGCUGUUUUUAACCAACGUAUGCAAAGACGAUCAACCAGCAGCAGCGAGUAAACGUCACAACAACAAAACCACACUCAACACAAAAAGCCAGCAACUCGGGGAGGUACCACAACACUGGCGUUGUUUCCUUUUUUUUUUUAUUUGAAUUUUUUAUUCCAUUUUUUUUUUUUUUUUUCCAUUUUUGCGCGCUACAUCCGAGAUAUGUGAAAAAGAAGAAAGGAAAAGACAAAAAAAAGAAAUGGAGAUAAAGCAUAUAUUUAUACUUUUGUACAGUUUUAAGAAGAGACACAACCAUAAAAAGACACUACACUGGUGCUCUGUUUACAUGCAAAUGAGAUGUCGGGGGCGGGCGGGGGUCACGUGACCAUCUUUCGGCCAAUCGCAGCGGAGGAUGAAAUGUUUUAUAUGGUUUUGUUAUUAGGGACGAAGAUUUUCUAUGCGUGUCCAUCUUAAGCUGGCUAUGGAGUUAAAACGUCUCUGAAUGUGUCUUUUUCGCCCAGGCCCCGCCCCUUUUCCCAUCUAAUUUGCUAUUGAUGAUUGUCCAUUGUGAAUAGGCUUUGUGUAGUAAUUUAUGUUCUAUAUAAUGUACAUACAAUGUGCUUCUAGGAAGCGAGCGGCAGAGAAUAAGAGAGAGACUUUUAGACUGUUAAAAACAGAACGCGUCCAGAAGUGCUAUCUAUAUCAAAAAUAUAUCUUCUUUUUACAUUUUUUAAAAUGGUUUUGUUAUUAUUUGAACAAAGCAGAUCUGCGGCGUAAAAGCUCCCGCCACCCGUCCUCUAUCCCGUCCCGUCUCUUCUGAAUGCCAGCAACAAUUCUGGAUCAUUAAAAUGCCCCCCCCCCCCCCCCAAACGAAAUGUUCAACAAAAUGUUUGUUUGAAAGGGAAAAUUGAUGCAUCAGCGCUGUUUUUAUUUCAUGUAUCCAUCUCUAAUUUUCAACACAAAGCCCAGCAAAGGGGAAUGUAAAAUGCCAGAUCAAAAGCUGUAACAUAAGAUUCCGGCAUUAGCCGCCGCUUAUCUUUUGACACAGAGAACAGCAAGGGUGAUAAAUGCCAGAUCAAGAGCUGUAACAGUAGAUUCAGGCAUUUAUGAAUUUACCUUUUUGACACAGUGCCCAUAAACGUAAUCGCAGGUCUGACGUUCUUUCUCUACCUUUUGACACGGAGUCCAGGGAAGGGAUAAAUGCCGGAUCAAGAGCAUUUAUUUGUAGGGUCUCUGUGUGAAAAGAGUGCACGGUUGACUUUGUUCAGCACUUUGACGCAGACACGCUGCAACGUUGCUGCGUCAAAACCCAGAAUUGAUCUGUAUUCGUCUUUUGCCACAGAGCCCAGUAAAGGGGAGAAAUGUUCUGACCGUCAUGCGGCCAUUUUGCAGCGUCUCUGCGUGAAAUUGCCGAAGGGGUCCCGCCAAUCAAAUCUGCCGCAGAUGUCCAUUGAAUUACAUUUUCCACCCUCUCUUAACAGCCAUGUUGAAAUCAGACGGUGGCCAGGCUGUCCUGUUUCAUCAAAUAACUGCAAAUUCUCCCUUUUUUAAAACGACACGUACCAAGAAGAAAACGCUCCGUUUGAACUUUUGCCGACAGAUGUCGCGUGAUGCUGUUUUUGUUUUGUUUGCAUUUGGAAACCACGGUGAUGUCUGGCGGGUCAGCCAAGAGACUGAGUUGGGUGUAGAAAUGUCAAACAAGGUGCUCCAAGUCCAUCAGUCUGAAUUUUCUAGUGUUUUUUGUUGUUGUUGUUGUUUUUUGUUUUUCUUGAAUUUUUCAUGGCUGACAACACGACACGUGCUCAUUGUUGUUGUUGAACGUUGGCGAAAACAACCGAGUGUUAAUCUCAGUCCAGUCGUGACAUUGGUGCUUUCUCUGGUGCUAACCCAAAACCCCUGUUGGACUGCAUAUUCCCUCCCCCCUCACAAAACAUGGCUCCCUAUUGGCUCGGUUCUUUGCUGCUUGAUUGACAGGCUGUCUGCAGUCCUUUCAUAUGAAGACUGUGCAAAAAUUGCAGCAACAGAAGAUCCGGCAUUUAUCCAUCUUUAUCUUUUGACUCAAAACCCGACGAAGGGAACAAAUGCCAGAUUUUCUAUUACUGCACCGAUGCAGUGAUUCUGCAGGGUCUCCGUGUGAAAGCAGAAGUUUUCACCUCAGACCUCUGUUAGGUUUUGAAGUGUUAAUUUUGUAAGGUCACUGUGUGAAAGAGAGAGUUGCCAUAUCAGUGCCCAGCCAAGGGGAUGAAUGCCGGAUCUUCUGUGUUCUGUGUCACUUUUCUCUGUCACACAGAGACCCUGCAAAAUUGACGCAUUGGAGCCAUAACAGAAAAUGGAUAGGUUCCGGUCCCGAUGCCACGAUUUUGCAGGAGAGUUUGUGAAAGAGACCUUUUGUCACAGAGACGUGCAAAAGGGUUCAUGUUCUCUGUCAUGCAGACAGAAUUGUGCAGCAUCUCUGUGUAAAAGAAGGUUGUUGCAUCAGAGCCUUAACAGAAGAUCUGGCUUUUAUACGGGCAUUACUUUUUACCAAAGAACCCAGCAAAGGGGAUCUCUGUGUGAAAAAAGCUGAAGGCCUGUCAAUCAAGUAGCGCUGCGUAAUAAUCAGCUCUUUGGCUCAUUUUCACUUAAACGUCCGUGAGCAUUUUUGAUACUUUUUUUUUUUUUUUUUGCAUUCUGGAUUCCUGAUGUCCACGUCGGCGUGUAUCACACACACAAACAACACGACGCGUGCGUUCUUUUUCAGGUUUGAAGAAUGAAGGACAAAUGUGCAAUAUGGCUUUUCAUGUGUGUUUCCAGUCAGGUCCUCAGGUCACAAAAUGCCUUCUCAGCGUUCACCUUUGUACCCCAGCCCCAAAAAAACAACAAAACAAAAAAAAAAACCACCACUCCAUCCCCACUCUCCCCUCCGCCCUUUUGCCUACUUUUUGUAUUAUUUAUUGCGGCUAUGUAAUGAAAGCGAUUUCCUUGGCGAACCUUUUUGGAGGGGGUUGCGGUUCGAGAGCGGGUCCUGAAUUUCUUAUCUUCAAAAAAAAAACAAAAAAAAACCACAGAAGCUUUUGUCCAAACUUAACUGUGUAUUUAAUCAAUAAAUGCCUUUUAAAAGUUG